AUGAAUGGCUCCUCAGGCACCCCAAACCUGGGCAGCAGGAUCAGCCUCAUCUCCAAGGCGCAGAUCCACUACAAGGGCAUCCUCUACACCAUCAACAGGGACAAUGCCACCGUGGCGCUCGCCAAAGUAAGGUCCUUUGUCGGCAAGAGCCCCAUGGUGGGGCAGGCUGUCCAGCCUGGAUCUCUUGAUAACUUGAACUCCAAGAAGCUGUUACCUGGCGAGGGCUCCGUGGGCAUGCAGCUCAAUGGGCGCCCGGCCCCACCCGGCCACAAGGCCACCACCGAUGGAGCUCAGAGCAGCCGGGCAAACUCAAGGGCAGGCGACUUUGAUUUUGAGAGGGCAAACAUCCACUUCAGCCGAGAAGAGCUGGACAAGGAAUUUAAGAAGAAACUGAAUUUUAAAGACGACAAAGCUGAGAAAGGGGAAGAGAAGGACCUGGACGUGGUGACCUAG